AUGAGUCGUGGUGUGGCGCUAAGAAUGGCGAGGCUCACUGACGAUGCCGAAUACGAGGCCGGCGAAGCGUCUGGGAAUGUACCAUGUGCACGGUCCGACUCUGGAAAUGAUCAUGCAUACAAAGGACUCCGGACUAAGUGCGUUCCUCUAGGUCUUCCUGCCAGUAUGACCAAGUUGCGAAAACAAGGUCAAACUACUUCUAUAAUUAAUGCCUCCAUCCAGAAAUUAGAGGAGAGUUACGGGACUGAGAGACGUAUGCUAUGUAAUCGCAGGUAUGAAGACCAAGAUGGUGUGGCCUUUUGUGUGGUCGCAAUCUCCUUUCGUUGUAUAGAAGGUGUUUGA